GGUCGUGCUGUUGUUUUUGUAUAGAUUUGUUACUUAAUGCUUUAAAUAUAUGUGCAGUGAAAAUAUACUUUUUCUUUUUGAUUUUAAUAACUAUUAGCCACCUUUAAUCUUCGUGGAGAGAAUCGAAAGUAUUCGACGCGUCGGAAGAGAAGGUUUUGGGCGAGAUUACGAAGCCGUAGAACAAAAAGAGUGCGUGUGGUGGACAGGAGAAGCCUAACAGCAAAGAUGAUUGGCGUGGAACAGCCAAGUGAAAGAUAGCAAACGGAUAGCUCGGUGCUGGAUGAGCUGGUGAACGGUUUGGAAAAGGGUGCUAUACUAGUGAUACAAAAGCUUCUAAUUUAAAGAUGCUGAAAUAUAGGAGGAUGUUGCACUGUUUGCAGUAGCAGUGGCUAAUGAAGAUGAGUUUCCCCAGCCGGGAUAGGACCACUGUAGCGAGGCAGAAACUGAAUUGACCAGUUGCCCUCGGUGGAAUCGAAACCAGUUCUGGGCAAGCUGUGCGGGGUUAGUUAUUCGUUGGAGUUUCUGCGAUUGUAUGUGCGAUCAUGUUUGCCCGGUGGAAAUUCAAUGGCGAAAAGUGCGUAGAUGAAUGAAUAAAGAACGGAAAACGAUUCAGCAGCGAUGGGAAAUUUUUUAGUUAGAUGAAAAAUCUGUAGGAGUGAAAAACGAGCCAUGUGAAAAGUGUGUGGCCAAGGCAAAAAGCGUGAGCGUAAGCCCGAAAAGUGAGAAGGAGAGCUGUUCGCAACACCGAAUCCGAGUGCGAGCGACUAUCGCCAGUUGUGAGUAGGUGAAGCCCCUGGAGUUUGAAGGAACAAGUGAGCCUUCGAAGGUCUGUGAGUGUUGUGUUCCGUGAUGAACGGUUCCGAAUUUUCCGAAAAAUAGCUCUCUCAUUCUGCAGGUGCUGUGUGUGUGCUUCAUGCUGGAUGUAAAGUGAUGCUGCUAGGAUUCAGAAAUGUGAUCAGGCUGGGAUCCAAUGCAAACCGGAACGGUUAAUUGAAUAUGACGUGGUCGGAGUGUAACUAGCUUCCAGCGUGAGUACCAUCAAUAGCAAGUUGAAAGCAGAAAGUGAAAAUUAUCGUUUCAACCAACAAAAAAACGUACGUGGGCACCCCAAUUAAACGAACCGCGAGAAGUCAGCGGUAUAAAAAGAGCCGAAAAGUUUCGCGCUCCAAUGUGCAUCAUUGACAUCCAUCACGGCACACCUGGUGACAGUGGCGGCAGAAAUCGGACCCACCGUUGUACUACCAUCGAGUCCUACCGAAGCAGUAGGAAGCAGCAGGACGGCAGCAGCAGCCCGAGGGUGAUAAUUAGUCGUGGAAAUAGCAGCAGACCGAGUGGGUGUCACAGCAGUCGAAUCAUUUCGAAUUCGUCUUUUCGUCUGUCAUCGCUAUCGUCGGCAUCAUUGCCGGCUGGAUCACGGGAAGGGCGCAGCUUGGAAUCAUGAGAACUUCAUCCCUCAGCAGCGAUAACUACAAAAACAGCAGCAACUGCGACGUUUUCGACGGUUACCGAAACAUCGGAAUUGGUUGUGCUCGACAGCAGUUCUGCCUGGAACGAUCGAUCGCCGUGCUGAUUUAUCGGGUGAAAUUGAAAACGGGGCGAAAAUAGGCGAUUCGUAGAAAGAACACAUACACACACACACAAACAAACACGGUUUAACGUCGAACACAAAAACAAAGCACUGACUUACUGCCCCACUACCGAAACGCCACUCUUCGAGGUCCAAUUUAGUAGGCAAUUUGGAAUUGGAGCCUGGUUAGUCUAUCGUACGCCACAAAACCACGGAAAGGGGAAAACGCACACCAAAACAGCAGCUUCCCAAAUUAACUGGGAACCCUUCCAAGAUAAACACCAGACUUGGCCCCUCGGUGGAAAAGACACGGUAUCCAAACUUCGCUAGAUUUAAAUAAAAAAUCUUCCUCGAAAUCGUACUGACCGAUUAGGGUUCACGGAAAUGCGAAUAGCAGUCUACCACUCAACCGAUUAACCGACAUAAGUAGGCGCUAAGAAAUUGUAUAGUAAACUUAAAUUGAUCUUGCAAGUAAUUGAUAUUGAUCAUUAAUAAACAAGUAAUAACAUAUUAUUCGUAAACAUUACAGUAUAAAGUUUCAUAACAAAAGACAAAGUUUGCUGCAAUUCAAUAAUAAUAAUAUCAAUAGUACUUUAACAAAUUUUCGACAAAUUGAAUUCAUAAUAACUAACUAUAAAGGGACAGGAAGUUUAAUCCAUCUUAAUAUUAAACAAAACAUUGGAAUAAUAUGUUUCGAACACUCAAUAAUAAACAGAGAAACCUAUCAAUGAAGAUUAAACAUCAACUAAUAGCAUAUUGUUAUUAAAAAUAUUAAAAACAAAACGAUUCAUCACCUAACUAAAGGUCGAGACUAGCGUAAACUAACAAAUUUGAUAAACCAAACAAAUCCCGGUACUGACAAAUGGAAGCAGUCCCAUAAAAACGAACAAUCUAGAAGGAUAACACUGCACAAGAGGAUUUAAUAAGGAACAAUCAUCAACUAUCAUUACUACUACGAACACUACUGAUACUGCUACUACUACUACCACCACCAUCACUGGCACUAGUAGAAUAAGACUUGUGUUGCGCAAAACCCAAACAACAGCAAUAGCAAUAAAAAAUCGCAUACAGCAACACUGACUGGAACGAACAAAGUAGUAGUUGAGGUGUAGUCAUCGUAAUUUCGUCAUCGUCAUCCAACUCGUCAUUGUCAUUGUCGUCGUCGUCGUCGUCGCCUUCGUCGCUACCAUCGCUUUCGUAAUCAUCAACACCAUUAUCACCAUCAUCGUCAUCAUCACCACCAACGUGGCCCCGUCAGGAUGAACCAGAAGAUCCUGGUGAUCGUGAUCAAAAUGAUCAAAAUGAUCUCCAAGAUCAUCAUGCUGAGCAGGUAUCACAACUUUCGGUGCUACAAGCAGCUACGGCUGUACAAGUGGAUCAUCGUGUUGAUGCUGUUCGCAAACUCGGUGAUGGUGUGUCUGGCUGGAUACCACGAGAAGCGGUUGCUGCACGAUCUGCUGGAUACGUACAACACGCUGGAGCGGCCGGUGGUCAACGAAUCCGAUCCCCUGCAGCUGAGUUUUGGCCUAACGUUAAUGCAAAUUAUAGACGUGGACGAAAAAAAUCAACUGCUCGUCACAAACAUAUGGCUGAAGCUAGAAUGGAAUGAUAUGAAUUUAAGGUGGAACACAUCGGAAUAUGGUGGUGUGCGAGAUCUACGGAUACCACCGCAUCGAAUUUGGAAACCAGAUGUUUUGAUGUACAACAGUGCUGAUGAAGGCUUUGAUGGCACAUAUCCAACAAAUGUAGUCGUACGUAGUAAUGGUUCUUGUUUGUAUGUGCCACCAGGAAUCUUCAAAUCAACAUGUAAAAUAGAUAUAACGUGGUUUCCAUUUGAUGAUCAAAGAUGUGAAAUGAAGUUUGGUAGUUGGACAUAUGAUGGUUUCCAGUUGGACUUGCAGUUGCAAGAUGAAACUGGCGGCGAUGUUAGUAGUUUCGUGACGAAUGGGGAAUGGGACCUGCUGGGUGUCCCCGGGAAGCGUAACGAAAUCUACUACAACUGUUGUCCGGAGCCUUACAUCGAUAUCACAUUCGCCAUCAUCAUCCGGCGGCGGACGCUGUACUAUUUUUUUAAUUUGAUCGUCCCGUGCGUGCUGAUUGCGUCGAUGGCACUGCUCGGAUUCACACUACCGCCGGAUUCCGGAGAGAAGUUAUCAUUAGGUGUAACAAUUUUAUUAUCGUUGACUGUAUUUUUAAACAUGGUGGCUGAAACAAUGCCAGCCACGUCGGACGCUGUUCCACUUUUAGGCACAUAUUUUAACUGCAUCAUGUUUAUGGUUGCCUCAUCCGUUGUGUCAACAAUUUUAAUUUUAAAUUAUCAUCAUAGAAACGCAGACACACACGAAAUGUCUGAUUGGGUUAGAAUCAUCUUUUUAUAUUGGCUGCCAUGUAUUUUAAGGAUGAGUCGACCGGGUAGAAACUUGUCGAUGGAAUACCCGCCUACGCCAACCUCGGAUAGUUCUGAUCGGAAAACGCACAUACAGGACGUCGAACUGAAGGAAAGAUCGUCAAAGUCGUUACUAGCGAACGUGUUAGAUAUAGAUGAUGACUUUCGUCACAACUGUAGACCACUAACCCCUGGAGGUACACUGCCACACAAUCCAACAUAUUUCAGGACCGUUUAUAGCGAUGAUGGAAGUAUGGGACCGAUCGGAAGCAAUCGAAUGCCAGAUGCAAUUGCGCCACCACACACGUGUUUCACAUCAUCCGCUGAUUACGAACUAGCUUUAAUAUUGAAAGAGAUCCGUUUUAUCACCGAUCAGAUACGAAAAGAGGACGAGGACAGCGACGUCUCCAAGGACUGGAAGUUCGCGGCCAUGGUAGUUGAUAGAUUGUGCCUUAUAAUUUUCACGUUUUUCACAAUAGUGGCAACCAUAGCUGUUCUAUUUUCGGCACCGCACAUCAUCGUUUCGUAGCCAUAUAGAACAGGUUAUUGUUAUUGGUUUUAUCACAAAAUCAAUUUGUUAUGCAUUAAAUUAUUGUCGAGACUUUUUAAAUAAAUUUCAGGACAGUAGCAAAACGAGAGAAAAGAAGUCAGUUAGCAAAAAAAAAACUAGAAAAAAAAUCACAAUGCGGGCCAGAAAAAAAAUGUGGUGCGGGCCAAGGGCAAGACAAAAAAAUACAAAAAAAAAGAUGUCGGAAGGCUAAGUCGAAAACACUAGCGAAUAGUUGACAGAGAAAAAAACGAACAUAAAAAUAGAAAAACCUUGCAACUGUGGUCAAGAAGAGGAAAAUCGAAACAAAAAACAGAUAAACACUUUUUUCGGAGAUUAUUGCAAAUAGCGUUCUAUUUCUUAGGUCAAAUCUAUUCCACCGAAAUAUGAAGCCAUUAGUAGAGAAAAAAAACGAACAGCGUAAAAAAAUAAUGUUCGAGACAAACUGAAUGAUCUGAAUUAACCGAACUAUCAAUAGUGUUAAUAAUAAGGUGAUAUUGAUUUGAUAUGUGCGCAUAAAUAUUUUUUUUCGGAUGAAGGUCAUAUUUACCCAUAGAAUCGAAAAAAAAAAACAUUUUAAUCAACCAGUAUGUUUUUGAAUCCUCACAUUUUGUUAAACUCCUCCAAUAAAAAUCAGGUUCUCCUCCAAGACACUAGUUGAUGGUUUCGGCUGAUUCAGCGGAAUCUUCACGCAAUAAUCUGCACAGUAGGCUGAGAACGGGAUUCAGGCUAUCAAACCGAAAAACCAAAAAAAAACCUAAGCUUAAGAAAAGUUGAGACAUUGAAUAGUAGGUACAUAAUCUUUUUCGGCUCUUAUUUGUAGUAGCGAACGGGCGAACGGGGGACAAAUUUAAUAUAAACUCUUUAUCCUUUCAGUUCGAACGGUUAUUAUUGAAUUGCAACUUUUAAAAGAAACCGUCGGCUUCCGAGAUACACCGGCUUUCGCCGCCGGAAUCGCCGGGGUCGCGGUUUUUUUUUGCAAAAAGUGGCAAACGAGUAAAGUGAAAUUUCUAAAUUAUUCAUCAAGAAGUCACACGAUGAAGGUGAGCAUUAAUUAUUGAUUAAAGAGGCAGAUAAUUGAGAGUGGAGGAGGAAGAAGAAGAAGAAAAAUCGGUUGCAAAAAUCUUCUUUGUGCUACGAAGUAUGAGGAAUUCGGACCAGAGAAUGUAAGUGAAAUGAGAAAGGUUCGAGGCUAGGAAUGAGUAUUAAUUACGAUAUUUCGGAUUUAUUUGGUAGAUUCGAUCAAAGAUUGCGUGGUAGGCGUUAAGGGUUAUGAUACGAUCGAAGGAAACCCUGAAGCGUUUAGGAGGUCAGAGGAUCGAAUACGGUUGAGAGUCAAAGAGGAAAAUUAUCAACAGCAGCACGACUGUGAUAUAUAAUAAAGAAAUAAAUUUAACUUAUUAUUAUUGAUUAAUUAUUAAUAAGUGGAUUGUCAUAAUUUAUUAGCGAGAUGUGAGCUGAAAGCGAGAGAACCUUUUUGGCUACAUAGAAAUUGACAGUUUCAAUUCUCUGUUUGUAUUGUGCGGUCUGGUUGCUCUGAACCAGCUUUGUAACACUACAAGCGGUUAAAGAAUGGAUAAAAGAUGACUACAUCAAAUCUUAGGUAGAAGAUUUGGGUUUUUUUUUAAACAUUUAAUUUAGAUAAGGCUGGUAAAAACCCAAGACAACAGCAAACGACCCCUUUAUUAACCGUCAAAAAGGCGAGGGGUCUCAGAGGCCUGGCUAGUUACAGAUCCCUAGUUUCAAUGAACUUGUAAUUUGAAAUACAAAUGA